AUAGGUAGGGUAUCCGCGAAGCAUGUUUUGGUUGAUGUUCUCAUUUCCGCGAAGCUUCCGAUCAGUGUAUAAAAUUUGAUGAAAACCCGAACAGUGUCAACAAACAGCGAAGACAAAUGAUUGCAAGAAAAUAACUCAGCUUUUAACUGAACCACAAAGUUGUCGACUUGGGUUUUUCAAGAAUAAUAUCUAUCCCGCUGUAAUAAAAAUCAACGCAAAAAUGGCUAUGCCCCCUGGCGGCCCGAUGGAAGUGGUUUUCUCAUUUGAUACCACUGGCUCCAUGUCGCAAGUGCUCGAUGAGGUUAAGGGUCGUAUCAACGACAUUGUGCAGCGCCUUCAAGCCGAUAUACCCGGCUUUAGAGUGGGCAUCAUCGCCCAUGGGGACUACUGUGAUGCUGAGCAUUUUUACGACAUUCGCCUAUUGGACCUGACAGAGAACGUUGUUGACGUUGUGACUUUUGUCGCUAACACAGAAGGCACAGGAGGUGGGGAUAUCCCAGAGUGCUACGAGCUCGCUCUUCGUCGUGCGUGCGAAAUGUCCUGGAGCCCGGGAAGUCGACGAGUGUUGGUUGUUAUUGGCGACGCUUACCCCCACGGUCCUGACUACGACAUGAACAAAGACGGUAUUGACUGGACCCAGGAACUCAAUACGCUUAUUUCAAAGGAUGUGAAGGUAUAUGGGGUUCAAGUUCAGGAAGAUCCAGACUCGACAUCAUUCUUCCAAAAACUGUCCAGAGACUCCGGAGGUCAACAUCUGAAACUGGCCAACAUGGGCACAAUCUGCCAGGUUAUCAUGGGGAUCUGCUACAGAGAGCAAGGAGCAGAAAUGUUUCUGAAUUAUGAAGCGGAGUUGCGUGCAAAGCAAGGAACAAGCAUUGGCGCUGAUCUGGAAAAUGUUCUGGGUACACUUCGCCAUGAUGACUCUGUUCAGAGUCUGAUAAAUGGAAAAAAAGACGACAACGACAAAGAUGUUGCAGAUAUUGCUUCAGACAUGGACGCUUCUGAUCUUGACGGAGAUGACAGUGGAUUUGGUGAAAGUCUGUCUACAUCUACGAGAGGUAGCGAAACGAAACUUUCCGGAAAAAUAAAAGUUUCAAAAGGUUCAAAGACCGGAAAAGCAUCUAAGGAGACAACGAAACAUCUCCAGAAUCCAUCAGAUGUGAAACAGAUUUCCAGGGCAAAGAGAGGAUGUGCUGCAAAAGUUCUAAACCAGAAAGAGAGGAAGAUAAUCCAAACUAAAACCUCAACCGGACAUGAAGCAGUUGCCAAGAGAAAGAAGAGAGCGACACAGAAGAAACCCACUCCAGCUCUGCGUCCCAUGCGGGAAUGUGUUUCUGCCCAAAAGUUUGCCUACAAGAACCUCUCAUGGUCUCGGUGGCAGCCGGCAGUGAUCCCAGCACAAGGGAAACUGAGAGGACAGUGGAGACAGAUCUCUCAAAGUGGCUCUCAGUAUUUCUGGAGAUCCGAUCUGCUGAAACUUUGCAAGUCCAGACUGGAUACACUACCUGGACAUGCCACUCUGUUUGAAGUCGGGGUACAUUCACCCGGAAAUAGACGGAUCAAAGUGGUGUACGUCAAGUCCUCAAAAGUUAUAGGUGACAAAUCAAGAGGUGUGUUCAGCUUGCCCUGGUAUAGCGGAAUGUUCCGCAGUAUUCGGAAACAGCUCAACGAGUCUGUUAAUGCCAAUGGCUGUGUGGAUAAAGUGUGUGUAAGGUGGGCCUUUGUCAAUGAGGACUCGAAGGCAGUAAAGAAGAAUAUUCUUAAGGAAUAUGACUAUGCUUGGAAUGGUAGCCGCUCUGAUUUUGGUGUCAAUUUAACCGAAGUCAACUCAUGAAUGCACUAGUCUAGGGGUUCCAUUCUUGAAAGAUAUUCUGUUUUUUCAAGUAUAAAACCCCAAACAUAAUUAUUAUGACCUUAUGCAGUUGGGAGUGCAGUAAAAUCCUCUCGCUCUUUCUUUCUCUCUCUCUCCCCCUCCCUCUCUCUCUGUCUCUGUCUCUCUCUCUCUGUCUCUCUCUCUCUCUUCCCCUCCCCCCAAGCGUUGUGAAUCCUCCAGAUCGGCCAUCACUAACACAUUAUGAGUCAAAACAGCCUAGCAACAAAAUUACCUGAAUUGUGUAAAUUUAUGGUACACGUAUCAUUAUGAUAUUGAUUAAUAUUAUUUUAUAUUUUUAAAUCUGUUUUUCUAUCAAUGUUGUGAUAUUGCCAAAAGUAUCAAAUCUAGUGCUCAAACUUUUGUUUGCAAAUUAUAUAAUUAUGUCACUAGAUAAGUUCUUUUUUGUGAUUGGCUUUUAAAUUUAUUGUAUUUUACGUAAUAGAUCUAUUACGUAUUCAUCCAGAUUACAUGACCUCAUUGUGUCAGUUGUGCCAUAAAACAUUUCAUAUCUACUUAUUGUCAUUAUAGUUAUAGUGUUCAUAAGAAAGUAUAGACAUUUCAUUAUGGU